AUGUCUCUUUACCUCAUGUCUCUUUACCUCAUGUCUCUUUACCUCAUGUCUCUUUACCUCAUGUCUCUUUACCUCAUGUCUCUUUACCUCAUGUCUCUUUACCUCAUGUCUCUUUACCUCAUGUCUCUUUACCUCAUGUCUCUUUACCUCAUGUCUCUUUACCUCAUGUCUCUUUACCUCAUGUCUCUUAUGUCUCUUUACCUCAUGUCUCUUUACCUCAUGUCUCUUUACCUCAUGUCUCUUUACCUCAUGUCUCUUUACCUCAUGUCUCUUUACCUCAUGUCUCUUUACCUCAUGUCUCUUUACCCCAUGUCUCUUUACCUCAUGUCUCUUUACCUCAUGUCUCUUUACCUCAUGUCUCUUUACCUCAUGUCUCUUUACCUCAUGUCUCUUAUGUCUCUUUACCUCAUGUCUCUUAUGUCUCUUUACCUCAUGUCUCUUAUGUCUCUUUACCUCAUGUCUCUUAUGUCUCUUUACCUCAUGUCUCUUAUGUCUCUUUACCUCAUGUCUCUUAUGUCUCUUUACCUCAUGUCUCUUAUGUCUCUUUACCUCAUGUCUCUUAUGUCUCUUUACCUCAUGUCUCUUAUGUCUCUUUACCUCAUGUCUCUUAUGUCUCUUUACCUCAUGUCUCUUAUGUCUCUUUACCUCAUGUCUCUUUACCUCAUGUCUCUUUACCUCAUGUCUCUUAUCCUCAUGUCUCUUAUCCUCAUGUCUCUUUACCUCAUGUCUCUUUACCCCAUGUCUCUUUACCUCAUGUCUCUUUACCUCAUGUCUCUUAUGUCUCUUUACCUCAUGUCUCUUAUGUCUCUUUACCUCAUGUCUCUUAUGUCUCUUUACCUCAUGUCUCUUAUGUCUCUUUACCUCAUGUCUCUUAUGUCUCUUUACCUCAUGUCUCUUAUGUCUCUUUACCUCAUGUCUCUUAUGUCUCUUUACCUCAUGUCUCUUAUGUCUCUUUACCUCAUGUCUCUUUACCUCAUGUCUCUUAUGUCUCUUUACCUCAUGUCUCUUAUCCUCAUGUCUCUUAUCCUCAUGUCUCUUAUCCUCAUCCCAUAG